AUGCCUCGUGGUAAACAAUUAAGUGAUAUAGAAAAACAAAGAAUUAUCUAUUUGAGAAGCUGUGGUAAAACUCAAAGACAAAUAGCCCACAUUAUUGGUAGAUCACAGAGUGUGGUAAAGAAUUUUUUGAAGCUAGGAAUUGAAAAUUAUGGCAAAAGUAAACGAUCUGGCCGACCUCCUAAGUUUUCUUCUACCGUGAAACGCGCCAUUUUAAGGGAAUUGUCGAACACUGGAGCAUCGUCAUCGGCGCUGGUGCACAGAUAUAACUUAGAUUGUGAUCCGAGUCUUAUUAGGAAGUGGGCAAAAGCAUCCGGAUAUUUGAAAUAUCGGAAAUAUCUUAGUAAACCUGCCUUGAAAGAGCAUCACAUUGCAGACCGACUUAAAUUCGCAGAUAAAUAUUUAAAAAAAGGGCAAGAUUUUUGGCAACACGUUAUUUUUUGUGAUGAAAAGAAGUUUAAUUUUGAUGGUCCUGACGGUUUCAAAUAUUACUGGCAUGAUUUAAGACACGACACAAAAAUAAUGUCACGUCGAACACGCGGAGGUGGAUCAGUCAUGGUAUGGGGCGGCAUCACUGGCCAUCUAAAGACAGAAUUGGCGUUUUGUAACAGUCGAAUGAACGCUGCUAAAUAUCAAGAUCUUCUACAUGAUUACCUUUUACCUUUCAUAACCCUGACUGAAGACGAAAAUAUUAUUUUUCAACAAGAUAACGCUCCAAUACAUGUUGCUAAGAGUACAAAAAAGUGGUUGUAUGACUUUGGUAUAUCGACAUUACAGUGGCCAGCGUGUAGUCCGGACUUAAAUCCGAUGGAGAAUGUGUGGGGGAUUCUAGCAAGGAAAGUUUACGAUAGAGAAAAGCCUCCUAUAAAUGAUAUUCAACAACUCAAACAGAGACUGCAGUCUUCUUGGUCUGAAGUUUCACACACUGUAAUUAAGAAGUUAAUUGAUAGCGUACCUAACAGAUUAAUAGACGUUAUUAAAAAUAAGGGUAAAUGGACAAAAUAUUAG